GAAAAUGGAUUGAAAUGCAUCAGAAUUUCUAUAAGUAUAACAAAACAAUAUUGUAGUGGAUCAUAAGUUAAACAUGAAGGAGAAUAUAAGGAUGGAAAAGAAUUUGGAAGAUGGGAUACAUUUCUUAAGAAUAAAAUUAUGUAAAUUUUACUUCAUAACAUAGAGGAGGAGGAUAAUAUGAUAAAGAUGGUUUGAAAGUUGGAAACUGGAUAGAACUUAGUGACAAUUUUUUUGAGUAUUAUAAUUUUGGUUCCUCUAGAUAUUGUUAAGUGUCAUACAAAGGAGAAUAUAUCAAAGGUAAGAAAAAUGGAAGGUGGGAUUCGUAUGACAAAAAGAAAUUAAUGUAUUAUUAUUGAAAAUAUUAAUAUUAGAGGCGGUGGCGUUUAUAACCAGGAUGGGUUGAAGGAUAGUAAUUGGAUUGAUUUACAUGAUGACUAUUGGCAGUAAUAGUUUUGCAAAAUUUAGAUUUUGCUAAGUUACUUAUUUAGGAGAAUAUUAAAAUGGAAUCAAAUAAAAAUAAUGGAAAUCCAACUAUUAUUCAAACCAAAUGUAAUAAUUAUAAAAGACUUUUAGUGGAGGUGGAAACUAUGAUGAAUUUGGUCAAAAAUAAGGAAGGUGGAUUGACUUACAUGACAACUUUCAUAAGUAACAUAGAAUAAUGAAUAUAUUUAAGUGGAUGCUAAGUUACUUUAGUUGGAGAAUAUUUAAAUAAUAAAAAAGUUGGUUAAUGGGAUGCUCUGUAUAUGGAAUCAAAUCUCAAAGAGGUUAGAAAGAUGUAAAUUUUACAUUCAACUAAAAGCGGUGGUGGAAUUUAUGAUAAAAAUGAAACCAAAAUUGGAUUUUGGAUGGAUUUGCAUGAAUACUUUUGCGAGUAUUUUAAAGUUAAUAUUUUUAGUACCUUAUAAAUAAUUAUUAGUGGAUAGUACAAAAAUGGAAUAAAAAUUGGAAAAGUUGAUAUUGAAUAUAAGAAAUAAUAUGAAAAUGAAUCAAAAAAAAUGUACUUAAUAAAUAUAUGAUAGAGGUGGAGGUAUACUAGAUGAAAAUGGAUUAAAAGAUGGGUAAUGGAUAGAGCCAUCCAAUUAAUUUUGUUUGUAAAUUAAUUAAGUUAUAGUCAAUAUUUUCAAGCUUUUAAUUUGAUACAAUUGUAAAUUAAUAUAAAAAUGGACGAAAAAUUGAACAAGAUUAAAAAAGUUGAG